GUUACGCAAAGGAAUGUGGCGGUAGCCAAUCAAAAUCAACCGAACUCCUAAUCAUCGUUAUAAAUCAAAAUUUCUCGAAGGGGAGAGACUUCUUUUCGUCUUUUUCUUGCAAAAGAAACAGAGCAGGCCUUGGACAUUAGCGCUCAUGGCUUACGUCGAGCGAGGUGUUGUGAAAUCGAAAAGAUCGAUAUGGCGACUGAAAACUGUAACGGAUUUCUUCUGGGCUAUUGUAAAUUUUAUAGGCGUGUUCUUUGCUACAAUGUUCUCGAUGGAAAAGUCAAAUGCUUACCGGAAAGGAUCUGGUUCUGGAAAGAAAUGGGAUGGUGGCCCAGGUGGGCCUGGAAGUGGGCCAUAUGGCGGUGGCCCACGUGGUACACCUCGAGGCUUAGACAAUGUUCGAGGAAUUGACCAUAGUUCCUUGCCUGCGUGUGGCUCCUGCUGUGGUUAAUUGUGAGGGAUCUCUGGUGCAUUUCACUAAUGCUUUUCGUUGGAAAUGUGAUGUAGUAAAAUGGUUGUAUUAAUAGAUCUUUCUAGUUAAUAUGCAUAACACAUACUUAUCAAUGAAUCAAGAAUGUUUUUGCA